AUGUUAUUUAUUGCUGUACAUAAGAGACGUCCAGGAUGGUUGAUUUCAAGGUUAUUUAGAGAGCCGAAGAUAUUGCUCAUGUUCUUCCGUGAUGGCAUUGCACUUUUACCUGGAUCUCGUGAUCGUACGGGUCGUGCAAUCAUCAUAUUUCCUCCGAAGGAACAUCAACUAAAUCCGGACAAAAUAAUAUUAGGAAUAUUCUUCGUUGCUUGCACAGUGUCACAGAUAACGACACUAAGGAGCUUUGUUUCACUGUGA